UAGAAAUCAAUCCAAUAAUCUUUUUAUUGUCAGUCAAAUACUGUUUUGGAUAUCUUUAAUCAAAAUUGCAAACAUCUAUUUUGGGCAAUCGAGAAAUUAUGGCAGAUAUACACGAGCUGAUUGUGACGUGCAUAAUUUUUUUUACCAGGUGUAUUUGCUUUUUCGAUCCAUUCACCCUCUCAAAAAGGAUGCCAUGGCUGCUUAUUUUUCACAACAUUAUGCUGUACUAUGUGAUCAAUAUGUUUAAACAUCUGGCUCAAGAUACUAUUAACUCUCCUGGUCCUGUAAACACGUUCUACUAUUUACCUCUGGUGUAUGAGGAGCCUGCUGGUUCUGAAUCAAAUCACAGUUGGCAUGAAAUUCUUAGGUCUUCCAGCUGGCUCUUUUUCGAGUCCCUGUUCCGCCAUCAUUUGGCCCUGUUGUUGCCGUUUAAUUUGGCCCUCCUGGUUCCCCGCUGCAAGUUGGGCUUCAUUAGCUCUUUGGUGCUAUUGUCUAACCUGGUGAUGUUCGGAUGCUUCGCUACGGCCAUCUGCCAGCUGGUGAUUUUUACCAGCCAUGCUGCCAGCCUGCGCCUCCUCACGAUUCUGUGCCUGGGUCCCAUGUGUCAAAUGCUUCUGGUGAUGCGCCUCCUGGUCCGCAUUUGGUUCAGUAUGUGGAUUGUUGUUUGAGGAGCAGAAUUUCGUACCUCAGCCGUCAUAAUCAGUCUCCGUAGCCCGAAGUUAGUAGCUGCAAUCAAAGCAAUAAACCAACCAAAGCAA